CUUGUAGUGAAGACCGAACGUCCAUCGUCAAUGGUCUUCCCGACCCGGGGGAAGCACUCGGAUGUUGAGCCUGAGGGCUAUCUACAACCUUCACAAACCCCGACGACGAUGAGCUUGGACAUGGAAUGCCAGACGCAGAAACGAGCCGGACACUAUGUACCUAUGUUGCGGCAUCAUGUUAGUUCUGACCAGGAACCCGGAGAGCUGAUACGACCGUUGAGUCCAAACCCCACGUCUCGUGAGGAGUCCGAGUGGUCAAGACAUAGGAAGGGUCGGGCGUAUGCCAUUGGGAGUAUCGAUGGCGGGUCACCUGCGGAUUCUGAGCACGACGUCAACGACAUGUUAUGGGACAGGGAAGCUGAGAUCGUAGCGCAGAAGCUUCAUGAAUCGCUGCGGCGUAACGAAGAGAUAACAAAAAGAAAUCGUACACUGGAGGCGCAACUGCGAGCGGCACGACAAGAGCUCCUAGAGGCCCGGAGCUUCAUCGGCGCAGGGGACUCCAUUUCCGAAAGCGAGAUCGUUCAAGCAGUUCAUGAGCUCAACGGGGAAAUCUAUCAAGCAGUGAAACGUGCAGUCGAGGCAUGUCGCAUUGGGCAGGGUACAACCGGCGACUACGCAGCCGUGGCGACUGAGCAGGGAAAGAGACACUUGGAUCCGACAAUCGAGGACUUCUUGAUCGAGUACCCACCGCAGGAUGACGAUCGCAUCACGCUGGAAAUUGUCCUCCAAGCGGUGAUUGUGGACGAUGUUUGUCAGCUAAUUGACUCGUGGGGUCAGUACUCCCAUGCCACAAUGGUGAACGAGAUGCUCGAUCGUGCGCACCGCUGUAUGCAGGAGUCAGAACCGCCAUCUGUGGCUGGCCGUUGGCGUAGCUUGACCCACAAAUACAUGUUGAAGGCAUCCGACAAGCAGCAGGAGCAACACGAGCGGUCCGAGCGGAAAUUGUUGGAAGGUGCGGUGGCCGUCUUCCAACUCGCGUGCGUAGAGCCGCAGUUUCACCAAGACGAGGGUCUGCGAGAGAGCCUAGGGGUCAUUGCGCGUGCCGCUACGAAGAUCCGCAGGAUGAUCAAAGAAGACGUACUCGGAAGUCAAUACAUGGUCUUCAUAGAGAGGCCCGACGCGCCUUUUGACCCGGACAUGAUGGAAGAUGAGCAUGCCACGAGUUCCAGUCGGAUGCGUGCGAGCAAUGCUGGAGUCUCCAUUGUCUGCCCAUCAAGGCUAGGAUUGAGUCGGUUCGAGAAGGUGGAGCUUGAGCAUGGGUGGGAGGCGAACAGAUUGGUCAAACCGUAUGUGGUAUUGGAGACGGUGGUCAAGGAACUGGGAUUGAUCGGACCACAGUUGUAA